CUCUCCUGCCUACAGGUAUUGUUGCCCUGGGCGGAGCUGUUGGGUUUAAAGAGCUGGAACCCACCUGGACUGAACCCAGCCCCAGCAGCCUCUCCAGAUCUGCACCCGGCUCUCAGGACACUGAAGCACCGAGAGGUGAAGCAAGCCACUGAGUCACACAGCUGUUAGCCCUGCUCUGCAGCCAUAUCAUGAACAGAGUGACCCAGGGCCUUCUCCUCACACUGGCAGGCCUGCCUGCCUUAAAAGCCAAUGACCUGGUUGAUAAAGACAGUCCCUUCUACUAUGACUGGGAAAGCCUGCAGCUGGGCGGCAUGAUUUUUGGAGGGCUCCUGUGCAUCGCUGGAAUCUUGAUAGCCCUAAGUGGAAAAUGCAAAUGCAAGUACAAUCAGAAGCACAGCCCCUUACCUGAGAAAGCCAUUCCACUCAUCACUCCAGGCUCUGCCAGUACCUGCUGAGCACAGGACCAGCUUCAUGGCACUCUUGGUACUGGCUCCGAUGCUGUUCCUUCCCCACCUGGGGGCCCUACGCUCCAUGAUGGCCUUUUCCCCCCACGGUGGGCCCUUAGUCUCCCUUCUGAUCAGAAGGCUGUCCAAAGCUUAUUUCUAAAUUAAACUGUCUCACCCCUCCCUCCA